AGGCAUUUUUUGGUGCACAUGAUGAACAAUCUUUUAAUCAGUCAACAAUGAGUAUGAGUUACAUGGCAUGUUGAUGUUGUUGACCCGCCCGUCCCGUCUUUUGGUUUUCUAUGACCAAUUUGUUAUCCCCCAUUAGGCAUUAAUGUGACGGUAAAAGAAAAAGUGUUCAUGAUGCUCUAGACGCUAUAAUGGGCGACGUUUGUAUUUUUUCAACUGGAGCAAAUAAAUUUUGCUCUCGCCCGUGUAGAAAUGCAGAUAUUGAUAGAAUCAGAUAACCAUAACACAAUGAAUGGCUGCUCCGGAAACUAGCGUGAUGACAUCCUGCUGUCACGACAAUAAUUCGUCUUCGCACCACAACAGCAAACAAAUAACAAUGAGCGUGGUCGACCAUCUUCAAUUCCAACAGGUGACCCCAGGUUCUUCUAGGAGUGUCGUGGACCACACUACACGACAUUCUUCGUCCACCGACACAUCAGAAGAUGAUACGGAUGCCAGACAUCGCGCAGACGGUUACCUCUAUCUGCACAUGUCGGAAUGGAUCGACCAUGUCCUGCUUCGCGACAUGACGCUCAGAUGGAGACCGAGGGCCCGAAAAACCUGGUGGUACGCGUCCUCAUCCUUCACCUACACGACGAUUGGACUGGUUGUCUACUUUAUGGAUGCUCGACUGCGUUCUAAUUCUAAAUUAGAUUCAUUGACUACUACAGAUCAGCAGGAAAGAAACACUAGGGAUGUUGACGUUGUUGAGACGGUCGUUGUCAAUCAUGUUGACGAUGAACUGUCUUGAUGAUCUCUACUUCCUUGAGAGGAGACAUUUUUGAUGACAUCCAAUCUUAUAUCCUUGCUUUCAUAUUGGAUCGCUGUGCGGCGUUGCAAGCAGCGUGCGGUGAAGCGUAUGCACCGGUGUGGCCUUGGGAAGCUUUUGCGCUGAUGCUCCAGGGUGUCCUCAGCUACGCGUCCGAUGUUCAUUGUUUUGGUACCGCAUAUUGCUUGGAUCUUGUUGCUUUCUGAUUUUUACACGACAAGUUGAUGUGGUUUCUAUGUAUAUGUACUAUCUGUCGGGAUCAGAACACGCAAGCACAUGCGAAAGUUGACUCAAUCGUCAAAGAGUAGAGAUAGAUUAUAACUAGACCAAAUGAUCAUCGUUCAUGAUGAAAAACAGGUCUCGUCUGGUGGGUCGCGCGAUUGGAUCAGCUGUCCGCGUCGACCUUGUUCUGCAUGCAGGUUCGAAAGGCGUGGACAGUCCCUCAAGAUGCGGUGCAGAUGGGCAUUCUCGCGUGCGCGUUACUCCUUGCAGCGGUUUGCUUCGUCUGUGGACAAAUUUGUCAUCGAGCCAUGGUCCGACUCUUAGAAGAAAGCUACAGCUGCAUUAUGGUUCUGGUUGCUAGAAUUAUCCUCACCAUGCAUAUUAAGCAUAAUUACCUAACCGCGAUUUUCCCAAGCUUCUUGUUCGUUCAUAUUUCGAGAGGACGGCGAUGCCGAAGCUCCGAAUGUCACAAGUGAAACGGAAGUGGUUUCGGAGAGCGAGGAAAGUCGUGGACUGGUCAACCCAUUCGUAAGCCAACACGAGGGAAGUAGUAUCAAACCUGAUCCUUCCCGAGAUAAAAAGAGCAUGCACAAUUAUAUGUUGAUGAAUCCGCAUACAGUUCUUUCUUCCACAACGUCAACUACAUCAACAUUUGCCGUUGUGGAAGAGCCACCCAGUAGCUGCAUGAUCCAGCAACAGCAGCUACAACCUGCUUAUUUGGAUGGUAUGAGAAAGCUGGAACCAGUUGGGCAGCUGUCUAUGUCAGGCGCGGCCUCCGCUAGUAUGGACGAUAAUGUGCAGAAGAUGCGCCGAGGGUUUAGUUUUGACACUGAAGAGUAUACGGCGGGUGGGCCGUGUGGCGCACCAACGCUAGGAGGCUUCGUUGGCAAAGACGCUCACACAGUAUUAUUGGAUAUUCAUUUGAUCCACUUGUCUAAGUAGAGUGAUCACAUUGAUACCUAAGUACUUAAGUACAACUUAGUGUCGCUCCAUCCAGUUCCUGUAGAUCGUUAAUAUUGAUGUCAAAAACUAAGUUGUCAUCCGAAAUGAUACUGAAUUUCUAUGAUGAAUACUACUAUGAUGAAUACUACUAUGAUGAAUACUACUAUGAUGAAUACUACUAUGAUGAAUACUAUGAAGACUAUGAUGUAUUAGGACCACAACGAUAACCUAGCAUAACGCUAACCUAACCACAAACGAAAACUCCAUAUAAUCAGCCUCAGCUACGCUUAAAGCACUAAAGUAAAACAACCGGUUAGUUUUCACCUCUAUUUCCAGGCUGAUCCCUUCAAACAACGUAUAAUCAGCCUCACAGCAUGGAUGGCGCGGCGGAACGGGUAGAGCCAGACUGUACAAAUGGCAUGCGAGGGGAAGAGCACCCAGCUUUUUCCUUGCGCCUUCUAGCUUUCGGCAUCGGGGUUUUGCUAGGCCGCGUAGCGAAAGAAGACAUGCUGUUCCUCAACGCAAAUGAUAGAGAAAGAUCUUCAACAUCGCGAGGAAAAAAAGGAGAGCACCUCGUCCAUAUGAAAAAUGUAGUUACGAAGGAAAAUACGAGUGGUACUACGACUUCUAUAGCGUCAACCAGAACCAUUAGUAGGUCUCCAACUACUUCAUCUAGUUCUAGUAUCCAGGAUUGGAGUCGCGCUCUUGCGUCGAAGUACCUCGUUCGUCCAGUUGUCUGUCGAGGAGCAGGAUCACCCGCACAACAUGCAGCGACAGACGGGGCCCUUCAGAAGAGCGUCUCGAUGCCAGGAGCGUUUGACGAUUCCCGACAGGCACACUCGGAUACCACACGACCGCGCGUUGAGGAUCUUUUCCAUGGGUUCCUGGUUUAUCAUACGGCAUGGCAUUACGUCCUGCCCGUCGGAGCCUACUUGUGGGUGUCUUACACGCUUCAACUCCCUCUUCUACCCUUAAUAUUCAAUGCUGGCACUACUCCCUGAAGGAGAAGGACAAGAGCAGAGGCGCACGAAAAGCGUUUCACAUUCACAACACUGCUUCUAUGUUUCUCCUGAUUGCGUAAUGGAGGUACUUUCAUGGGUGGAACUACCUCUACUGGCUUCGCAUAAGCGGCACUUAGGCUGAAGCAAAGUUGCGCACCAGAAGGUCCAGUUGACGAUUGUAGUGCUGUGGUACUCUGUUAUGAGACCACAAGCGGUACUCUGAUGUGAGAUAAUCUAGACAGGAGGUAAGUCGUCCCUGCCAACCAACGCGGCCUGGCCGCGAGACAGCGGACCCUCAACCUUGAACCUUGAGGUAAGUACUCGUUUUCCUGAAACCCUAACUCUUGCCUUUAACUGAAUGUUUUGCGGAUGAAUGUUUUGAUGCAGCACUGCGCGUUGAUUUUUUACUUUUGCACACAGCAUUAGCAUUUCAUACAUCGCUUAUCUUCCUUGAUCAGUUUCGAUUCUGUUGUAGUGAUGCUUAACAAAUGGAUGCAGUACAACGUCUAAGUUUAUCUCUUCCAUAUUUUUGAUGUUGAUUCGAAGAAGAAGAACAGCUGCGGCUUAUUUUACCCUAAGUUGCAGAAGCAGAGACGGCUUAACCUCCACAUCAAACCGUUUUAGUUAGAGGUCGUCAGGGCGGACGCUCAUUGUUCGAUGGUUUUUGCAUCUUCUUAGUUCUAAUAAACCUUCCAGUCCAUUUAUUACGCCUUUUUAUUCAUUACAGUCUCUUUAGUGGAGGGUUGUCAAUUUCGCUAAUGCUUCAUAGCUCAAUAUUAUCACAAGAAUAUCAAUGAUCUCAAUGUUUAGGCUUGUCAUGGCAUUUCUCGUGCAAUUUUGAGAUCCACAGUGAAUAAGUUGGCUUUCCCCCAAGACCAACAUUGGCACAUCUUCCUAAGAGUUCAUAUUGCAAAAUUGGAUCAAUGGAUGCCCAGGUUUCAUCUCUACAAUAUUAUGUUGCAAUUCCUUUAUGUUCACUCCUCCUGGAGGGAACUCAGCCGCGGAACACUGUUGAAUUUUGGUCACCCGAAUUGUCAAUGAAUCUCCGAAGACUGCCG